CGUAAACAUUGUUAUUCUGACUGAUCCGCUGUUCGCCUUGGGGAUAUUAAUUAUUAACGUUACACCCUUCGCAAAAUGGACGGCAGCAGCGUGCAGGCGACCGAGGAUCUCUCCGCCGCGGGGAAGAUCAACAAGAUGGUGAGCGAACUAAAUCUCGAGAUCGACCUUGAGGAGGAGGAGCGCGGGGACGGCGAGGGAGACGAGAGCGAAGUCCUGGCGAGAAGAGGGAGGGUAGACUUCCUCCUACAGCCAGGGAAGAACGCGAAGACGCCCUAUGUGCCUCCUGAAGAAGUUGAGCUGUUUAAUUACACGGGCAAGAGUCGUCGGCAGCUGCAACAGGACCUAGCGAAGAGUGGACGGCCCCCCCACCAGGCGUCCCGAAUCCGACGUGGCAACCUGGGAGGCCCGCCGACGGAGAGGCGCGAGGAGCACCUGGGACCUCCCCGGCGACGCAAGGGCGGACCAGCGACCCAGCCUCACACCGCCAGAGACUACCUGCUCACCGCCCGCGCCACCGCCAGGGAUAAGCACCUCGCUCGCGUGGCCCAAGUGGAGUCUCGACGUCUGGACAAGGAGCUGCAUCGAGAACGAGCCAUCAACGCCGACCUCGAGUCCCAGCUGAUGUUCCACGAGUCGGCCCUUCAGGAGUUCCUUCAGCAUCACUACAGACAAGUGUCCGACGCGCUUUCCAAAGGCGAGGAAGCCCGACGGAACCUGACCGAGCAGGAGGUCCGGAUCGACUAUUUCUCAGGGCUGCUGGCGGAGGCGCAGACGGUGCAGGAGGAGGAAGAGGAGCGUCUGCAGGAGCUCACGGCAUUCCAGCAAUUCCUGUCAGCUGUCACGCCUGCGCAGUCACUCCGGGAUCUCAAAAGACGGAUCCAAGAAGUACAGGAUGAAGUUAAGGCUUCCCGAGGGCUGAGUGGAGGCCGGAGAGACAGCGUCCUCUCCCUGUCCUCGGGCUGCGUCGACCUCUCCUUCGCUGCUACUGUUGCGGCCGCUGUCAAUUCUCGGGCCUCGUCGCCUAUCGGUGGCGGCGAAGGCGGAGGAGGUGGGUCAUUGGGCGCUGACCUCAUGUCGCUCCGAAUGACCCGCCUGGCUCCUCCCACCAGCCGUUCCUCCUCGCGAACGGGUCACCGAACGGCACGCACUCGCUCGCCGGAGGAGGUCACGGAUUUGGAGGUCCACGACGGCACUGAGGUCGGAGAGGAGGAGACGUUCGACGACCAUAUGGAGGACCACGAGCGUCUGGUGGACUUGGCACACGUCUAUGAGUCACAGUGCCACUCCCUGCUGGCACUCCUCACAAGGCUGCGCGACCAAACGGAGGCCAUCAAUAACGAAGUGCAGACGCGGCAGAAGAGGCUCGACGGCCGCCUGCAGGAGAUCCAGCAGCUAGUGGAGAAGGCGAAGGGCGGGGAGCACGAGUCGCAGCUCAAGGACCUGUGCACGCUCAUCUCGGAGUGGCCGAGACUCUCAGACGACGCCGAGGCACAGAGUCAGCUGGACCAACUCGUGGCUCAGAUUGCAGAGGUGGUGAGCGACGUGUUCGGGUCGAGCAAAUACUCGCCGCUGGUUCCUCAGACGUCGGAGGUCGAGAAUGGAACCGCGGGGAAAAAAUCUGCGAAGGGAACUAAUGGGGCAAAAAACAAUAGCAGCAUGGGACAGGAGGCUCUGCUUGCCCUCUUGGAAGCCCGAGUUACAGACCUCUGCGCUCAGCUGGACACCAUAAGCCCGGAACUACGAGAUUCUAUAUUUUUGAACUGCGAACAAGCUCGGUACGCGCGCCUCAAGGAGGAAAAGCGCCAAGAAACGGAGAUGCGCAGAGCCGAGAGGAAACAGCGCCAUCUGGAGAGAGCUCUUGCAGACCCUCCUCCAAAACCUCUGUAGGAAUCGCCAUUUUAACAACUGGAUUGUCGUUGGCUCGAGAGAUAUUAACGUGAUGAUCAUGUAGCGAAAUAAGGCUAUAUGCGAUGAACCUUUUUAUGCUUAUUAAAUGUUAUGUUAUCUCUGCGACGGUUGGUAAAAGCAACAUUUUGCAUGGCAUGAAUGUAUGACCUCUUGCCAGUAUUCCAAGAAAUGAAUGAAACAAUGAUUUUCUUCUAAGAACAGAAAUUAAUGCAAUAGAGAAAAUAGUAGAAACAGGUUGUAACAACGAGUCCAAAUGAGCACAGAAUGUUGCAUUCUCCUGUCCUUCACGAUUUCAUCCUAGAAUGCAUUUCCAAUACAAAUCUGAAAUAUAUAGAUAAAUAAUUCUUCAACUUUGUUCCAAGAUGAAUUGUUUCCUUUGCCAUUUGCUCUGGAUACAGAAGGAAUGAGCGACAGAGGAAAAAUGGAUGGGUGCAUUUGACUGCAGAUAACUUGUGUUCAUACAUUCUCUACCAUAUGUAGUAUUGGUCACAUAACUGCACUGGUCACAAUGUAUGGCUGAUCAUGGAGAUCCUGUAUAGAGUUUUGGGAGGAAUAAAGAUCAUAUAAUUAAAGCAGUUGUAUAUGGAUUGAUAGUAUAUAUAGAGUGAGGGAAUGUUUGUAUGUAGGUAGGUCAAAAAGGUGUAGUGCCGAAGAGGGUACAUUGCCACAUACAAGAUUUAAAUACUUAUAUAGACCUUGGUUACAUCCACCCUUCACCUCCUACCAACAAGAAUCCCUUUAGUUGACCGCUAGAUUAAGGCGCUAUCCAUUUUGAAAUUCUUAGGUCACAACAUAUGAAAUUGCCUCGGAUGACCUUAGAAUAUCAAGCUUUGCCUGAAUAGCCUGAGGUGUUUUGUGUAAUAGUUCCCAUGCCUUUCUACAUAUGAUCAACCACACUUCAAGGCAAUUGUUACGCUAGCAUACUGGCUUGCUAUUUGUUCAAUAAUCUUUGACUGGAUUCCCAUAAGUUGCAGGAUCUACCAGUGGUUCAGUGUGCUGUAUCAAACACCGAACUUACAGUGGUGCCCCAAAAGGAGUUGGAAUGAAGGGUUAAGGUUUUGUGUACUCACAAGGAACUGCAUUAUUAUUAUUUCCAAUUUAUUUCAUACAUAUCAACUUAUUUAUUAAUAAUUUUCAAUAGCUAUCAGAGAGCAUUAAAAAAGUAUCAGUUCUGGCUAUAUUCUAAAACCUAUAUUACAGGAUACUAUGAAUUUUCUGGGGAUAAACAUAUGGAAGGAAAAUCAAUCCAAAUCUAUGAAAAACAGUUUAUUUUGCAGUACAACUGACUUAAGCUGAGAUUCAAACUCGGAUCACUUUUCAAUCUGUUCAGUGUUCUCUUUCAAGUUCUGAUUCUUUUCUCCAUACUUCACCUUGAUAUUAAUUGUGAACUGAAGUAUGGAUAUACAAUAUCCACACUAAUAUAUGAAUUUGUAUCAUAAGUGUUUUAUCAAUCAAAUAAGUUAAUCAUAACACUACAGCAACAAACAUAACAGUUAUAUAAAAUAUAUCUACUUUUAUGUUAGUAACCAAUCCCUAAGUUCUAGAGGACUGACAGAAGAACUAUAAUACGUGAUUAAGUAAUAUUAAAUGCUGUGUUAUACUUGUCAGGUAUCCAUGUGCAUACAAUACUACAUAAAUCAUUGACAUUACCUCACUUGCUCAAUCCUUUUCUGAAACUUGGUGAAAAAUUUAAACAAACUGCUUUCUUCAUGGCCUAUAUCCAAUGUCAUGGUUCACAAUGGUAGGUGUUACAAGUGUGAAGAAAUCACAGUGGCAAGAUUUACACACUUAUACGAAGCAUCAAUUUACAAAUUGCUCAAAUAAUGCUCAUGCUUGCAAAUCACACUGUCUUAAAUGUGUGAACAAUGAAAACAUCACUUCACACAUUGAUCAAAUACUAAAGAAAGCACAGAAGCUUAACCACAACCACCAUUAUAUUCAAACUCCAUAAACCAAGCUGUACUUCGUGCAAUAGCAUGUUAGAGCAACAAGGUACAAACUAACACUUUAGGUUACUUUAAUGGAGCACUGAUUCUCCACAGUCUUUUGAAUGUACAUUUCUUGGACCUUUGCUCCGUAAAUUUAUGAAAUUCUCAACUGAUGUGAAGCUUCCUAAAUUCUCCAUACGGCUUCAUUAAAGAUGUUUAUCUUUCUAAAUAUGUUCAAAAUGUCUUGAAUGAUUACAAAAAAAUA